GCAGGCGGAUGGGUGACCUUUUCCUGGCACGGGCAGACUGUGCGAGGCGGCGGAGCAGGCGAUGAAGAAGAAGCAGCAGCAUCCCGGCGGCGGCGCGGAUCCCUGGCCCCAUGGGGCCCCUCUGGGGGGCGCCCCUCUUGGCCUGGGCAACUGGAAGCGCCGGGUCUCCCUGCUGCCUUUCCUGCGCUUCUCCCUCCGGGACUACGGUUUCUGCAUGGCCACCCUGCUGGUCUUCUGCCUGGGCUCCCUCUUUUAUCAACUCAGCGGGGGACCCCCUCGCUUCCUGCUCGACCUGCGGCAGUAUUUGGGAAAUUCCACUUACUUGGAUGACCAUGGACCACCUCCUAGUAAGGUGCUGCCCUUCCCGAGCCAGGUGGUGUACAACAGAGUGGGCAAGUGUGGCAGUCGCACUGUGGUCUUGCUUCUGAGGAUCUUGUCGGAGAAGCAUGGAUUUAAUCUGGUCACGUCAGACAUUCACAACAAAACCAGGCUUACUAAAAAUGAACAAAUGGAACUGAUUAAAAAUAUAAGUACUGCCGAACAGCCCUAUUUAUUUACUCGACACGUUCAUUUCCUCAACUUCUCAAGGUUUGGAGGAGACCAGCCAGUCUACAUCAACAUCAUCAGAGACCCCGUCAGCCGGUUUUUGUCCAACUACUUCUUCCGCCGAUUUGGAGACUGGCGAGGGGAACAGAAUCACAUGAUCCGCACGCCCAGCAUGCGGCAGGAGGAGCGCUACCUGGAUAUCAAUGAGUGUAUUCUUGAAAACUAUCCAGAGUGCUCCAACCCCAGGCUGUUCUACAUCAUCCCGUAUUUCUGUGGACAGCAUCCCAGAUGCAGGGAGCCUGGUGAGUGGGCCCUAGAAAGAGCGAAACUGAACGUGAAUGAAAACUUCCUGCUUGUGGGGAUCCUUGAGGAGUUGGAAGAUGUGCUGCUGUUACUGGAAAGAUUUUUACCUCAUUACUUCAAGGGCGUGCUCAGCAUCUACAAAGACCCAGAGCAUAGGAAACUUGGAAACAUGACUGUGACGGUGAGGAAGACUGUGCCCUCCCCCGAGGCUGUGCAGAUCCUCUACCAGCGAAUGAGGUACGAGUACGAGUUCUACCACUACGUCAAGGAGCAGUUCCACCUGCUGAAGCGCAAGUUCGGACUGAAGUCGCACGUCGGCAAGGCCCCCCUGCGACCCCGCUUCUUCAUUCCCACUCCCCUGGAAACCGAGGAGCCCAUCGGGGACGAGGAACAGGAUGAUGAGAAGUGGCUCGAAGAUAUUUAUAAGAGGUGAUGGUGCCAGCCCUGUGUUUCUUUCCAUGGCUUUAUCUCCCUUUUCCAGAAAGAUUGUGUUCGUUUGGGGAAGAAAACUCCUGAAGGGACUAAUUAAUGCUCGGCUGCAUUAAAAAGAACAGAACAUUCCCACAGGUUGGGGUCAUUGGGAGAUGCCCGGUUUUGCGGGUUUUAUUUGUUUAAUUUUAUUAUGUGUUUUUCCUGGCUCCGUGGGUCCUUCCCAGGUACACUAAGAUGACUCCAUCACAAGGCAUCUCGUCAUGAAAUAGCUUGUUCCCCCCAGUGCAAUGAGGGGGGACAUAUAGCCCAUCGCCCAAUAACUUAUCAUUUGUAAAAUGACUUGUAAAAAUAUUACCUCAGUGGUAGGAAACAUCCAGACUUGUAUAUUUCAGUAGAAAUACAAAACCACUUCAGAGACCAGGGAAUCCACUCCAGAAGGAUCUAAGAGGAGAAGGUAAGACAGGUCAGGACGUCAAAAGAGAGGAUGUCCCUGGAUUAGUGGUCUCUACCUACAUGGGUAGGAUUCUGCCUCUGUUCCAUCUCAGGGGACACAUUCACCAAGAGCAGCACACUUGUUAUCUCUGAAGGAGCAAGUCAGCUCGUGCCACACCCCCACCAGAACACAGCCCUGAGUACCUUUCAAGGUCAAAGUGCACGGCAGGCUGCUUUGAGACAUCCCAUGCACCCUUCUGACAGAUUUCAAAGCAGCAUGGCAGGGGAAAGAAUUUAUUUGCUGUGUAAGGAAGAGUGUAGGCAAGACAGAUCAGCCCUGGAGGUCAUGUGGCAUAGGAAAUGGGACGGGCCUGUCCUUUGCACCCACCAUGAGCUAUUUCUGUCCCAGGCAUUGUUUUAACCGCAUCCCCGGGAACCGUUCAGCUCUGACAUUGAGCCUGUGGUAGAAGUUCUAAGCCUGACCACAGGCAAUGCACACUAUCAGGCACACCCCUGGCCAGUGGGGUCCCACAGUACCUGGUAUCUUUCCCCUUCUAGUCCCUUAGGAGUUACCUGCUUUGGGUACAAGGGGUACUGAGUUCUGUGCAAGCAGCAGGGAAACUAUGGUCCCAUUUCUCAUGGAUGCAGCUCACAGCUGAGAACUGUUACUGGGACAGCAAGAAGAGGAGCAGCAAGAACUUCGGGGCAAGGGACUGCUUGACCAGCUUUAUGAGUAGGUGUCUGCCCCCAAAGUGAUCUGAGUAGAUGACGGGCAGUGUCAUGUCCAAAAUAUCUCCUCCCCAUCCCAUUCCCAUCGCCUGCCAUCUAUCCAUGACGCAUGGGUUCAAUCAUUAGAAACCGAUUGCUUUGGAUUGAGAUGUUUUCAUCUUUAACUGUCCCUCCCCCACUGAAAAAUCCAUAUUCUCCCGGGUGGAUAAUAUACAACCAACUGAGACACGGGGGUACAGGUGGUGACAGGCAGGAUACGUGCCACAGAUUCUGUCUCCUUCAUUUUUUCUCCCCUGGAGCCAGCCCUUCAAGAGCACUAGCACAGUGUGAGUUGGGAAUGCCUAAUAGUAAAUAAGACUCUAACUCUACACAAGCUACACAUUUUCUACUUUUCUGAAACCAACAAGUCUCUCUAGAAUUGUUUCUUCGUUCACUAAAAUUGGACAGUAGCCAAGAUAUAAAGCAAGUCGUUUGGAACCUGUCAAGUAUGCACUAAAGCUACUUUAUCAUGAGAUGUAUUAAGAAGGCUCCACCCCGAAGGAGUCCAGUGCAGGCUGGGACCUCAGAGGCACCGCGUCUGGCCACCUGUGGGCCUCCUCGCGGCCUCAGAGAACUGCGGCAGCGAAGCGACUAAGGGGAAUGUAGAAUUGUGGCCAAUUCUCAGAGAAGAGGAAGUAUCCUUUGUCCUGUUUAGAGAGACCAGGGCCCUACCAUUAGACAUACUUUAAAAAGCAAACUGAAGAAUAGUUAUAUUAAGAACAAGAACUGCCACCUGGUAUGUUGUGAGCCGUUUCUACGAAAUCGCGUAUAGAGAAUGAGAAUGAGUUUACACACUGUGCAGUGUCACUAUCUGAGGAUCCAGUCGAGUUGGCUGAGAGCCCUCUGCUCUGGUCAGAACGUCGGGACAUUGGUCAUUUGACAAAUGGAUCCCGAGCGCAGUCACGUGAGCGCUUCUCGCUGUGUGUUCAAAGGCAUCUGUUGUCAGCAGUGGUCAUAAUGACAGCACAGCCAGGGAGGCUGACCGGUUUCCUUGCGGGGCCCUAAUGUUCUUUUGUCCCAACAAACAGCUUUAGGUCCGUAAAGUUGCAGCAUUCAUCAGUAUAUUUGGCACACAUGACAACAUCUCUUUGGCCCUGAGCCCAACACACUUUGUACUUCAUGAAAUAUAUUGUACAUUUUACAUAGUUUAAUUUAAAAAAUACAUUUUAAGCUGGUUGAUCUUUGACUGCCUUAUUUAUUAUAACCUUUCAGCACAUUCCAAGGUUUUAGUUACUCAGGAAGGAGUUAAUUAAAAUGAUUUUAUUUUGGUCUGAUGGAUGUUUUUUAAAAGGAAAAUUAUUAUUAUGAACCUUCAGCCUACUUUCCUUGAGUGCCGUAAAAGUGCUUGUAAAUCUGGGUUUUUUUUGUUUUUUUUUU